AUGGCGGAGCUACCGCUGCCCGCCGGGCUCAGCACCAGCGCCUUCCCCGCCAAGCUGUGGCGCUUGGUGAACAGCCCCCGCGUCCGCUCCGUGCGCUGGGAUAGCCGGGCCCAGGGGCUGCUCAUCGACCGCUCCCUGUUCGAGCGGGAGCUGCUCAGCCCGGGCCACGCCCACGGGGGCGGUGAGGGGGUGGGGCCGAAUCCGGACUCCUUCCAGGCCACGCACUUCGGUAGCUUCGUGCGGCAGCUCAACCUGUACGGCUUCCACAAAGUGCCCGGCUGGGUUGGCUCAGCUGAGCCGGGCGAUGCCAGGGCCUGGCUCCACUUCAGGAAUCCCAACUUUCGCCGCGACCGCCCCGAUCUCCUCCUCCGUAUCAAGCGCCUGACCAGGGCCAACAGGCAGCGGCUGGCAGCGGGGCUGGAGGUGCGCAGCCGCCAGCCCAGCCGCUUCCAGCAGCUCCGCACGGAGCGGGCGGUGCCCUCCUUCCCCGCCGGGCAGCCGCCCAGAGCCGCCACCCCGAGCACUUCAGCCCCCAGUGCUCCAACUGGCAGUGCUGGUUUUGCAGCAUGGACAGCCCCCAGCUGGCUGUGGAAUACUCCUGGGGAAGAGGAAUUGCCACCGCCGGAUCUGGACAUGGUGCUUGAGACACUGGAGGAGAUGUUUUCUGCCUCUGCUCAGGGGAAUACUGAUGUUGCCCCUGAGUCUUCAGGAGGCAAGCCUGUGGACAGAGCUGCAGCGGAGGGAGCUUUGCCUGGCACAGAGAGCUGCAGGAACAAUUCCCAGGAGCCCAAGGAGCUUGAUAUCCACCUGAUCUACCUUGCCAGGAGGGCUGCCCUGCGUGAGAAGAAGGAUCAGAGGGAGAGCCUGUGACCAUCGGGCAGGUGGAAUCCCUCCAUUUAUACAUAGAUUCAUAGAUUUCUAUAGUUCUAUUUAUAUAUCAAUAUAGUUACAUUUAUAGAUUUAUACAGGUGUGUUUCUAUAGUUAAAUCCAGAUAUAUCAUUAUAGAUGUGAUGGAAUUGUAUAUAUGUAGUUACGUUUAUAUAGAUUUUGAGAUUUAUAUUUAUAUAUGUAUAGAGCAACAUAUUUAUAUUUAUAUUUAUAUUUACAUUUACAUUUAUACUUUUAUUUUUAUUUUUAUAUAUGUGUAAGUCUGCAUAGCUGUUUAGUUAGAGGUAUGUGGAAGUUUAGAUGUAUACAUUGAGCUGUGUAGGCCUAGGCUGCAUUUUUACCUCUUUGCCCCUUGGCUGCCAUUUUCACCUCUUGCUUUUUCCCCUGUGUCCCCUGUGUCCCCUCUCCCUUUGCUGGGUCCGAGCUGGCGGCCAGGCCGGGCGGAGCAGCAGUUCCAGCCCCGGGUGUCCCUGGAGCGGUGGGAG